AUGCUUCCAACCCCUAUAGUAAAAGAUAUAGAUAUCGAUAAUGUAUACGAACCAGCAGAAGAUUCGUUUUUGCUACUUGACUGCCUUGAAGAACAAUGUCACUUCAUCACUGAUAGAUUUAGAUCAAGAAUUCCGUUGGUUACAGAAAUAGGCACUGGGUCUGGGAUCGUUACUACAUUCAUUCAGCAGAACAUAUUACCACAGUCGAUAUUUAUAACUACAGAUAUCAAUCCACAUGCAUGUAAAACGGUCUUGCAAACCGAUAAAGCCAACAACGAUAAGUCCAAAGACACUAGGGAACCGUAUGUGCUCGAUUCAUGCCAAAUGAAUUUAACAACUGGAAUAAGACAUGGCGCCAUUGAUAUGCUUGUGUUCAAUCCACCGUAUGUACCAGCAUUUGAACUCCCCAGCAUUCCAACUACUGAUGAAGAUAAGACAUGGCUAGACCUUGCUCUCUUGGGUGGAGAGGACGGAAUGGUUGUAACAUGGAGAUUAUUAAACGAAUUGGAUACGAUAUUAACUCCUGAAAUUGGGGUUGCCUACAUUUUAUUUUGUGCCAGGAAUAAUCCGAAAGAAGUUGCAAAAAUCAUGCAAGAGAAGGGAUGGGACGUUAAAACGAUAAUUUUCAGAAAGGCAGGAUGGGAAGAGCUUAGUGUGUUACGGUUUAUGAGGCCAUGA